UUUCGCUUUCGCUUUCGCUUGCCUGGUGGUUGGAAAAGGCGGCCCCCAUAGGAGCAGGUUGGUGAGUUUCCCCCCAAGUCUUCUCCCCGGGAUUGCUGUGAGACUAGGCUGGAGACAAAGCUUCUCGGAAACAGCUCUCACUUGGGGUCAAGAUGUCUGAGAGUGUUUGCUGCAAAAUUGCUAACUAUCUUGAUGAUCUGACUGAGGAGGAAUUCAAGAAAUUUAAGAUGUACCUUCAAAAUAAGGAGGAAGGCUACAAGCCCUUUCCAUACUCUAAGCUUGAGAAUGCAGACAAGAUGGAUAUUGCACGCCUAAUGGUCAUGGCAUACGAGGAGGCCAAGGCAGUGCAGAUAAUGGGCAAAAUCUUGAACCAAAUAAAUAAAAAGGAUCUAUUGGCACAAGUCAGAAGUGAAAUGGCGGCAUAUUUCUUUCAGCCUCCAAAACCCUUGACAAAGGAAGAAAAAAGAGGAUGGGAAAAGAAGAUAUACGCCGACCUCCAUGAAAAGUUCUCAGGGACUCAAAAGAAAGUGGAGGUGACCCUGGACCCGAAGACAGCCUUCCCAACACUCAUCCUAUCUGAAGAUCGGAAAAGUGUGUAUCUUGGCAAGAAAGCCCAGACUCUUCCUGACAACCCCAAGCGCUUCAAUGUGUUACCAUGUGUCUUGGGAGCAGAAGCCAUUGACUCUGGGACUGUAGAAUGGAUAGUGGAGGUGGGCAAGGCCAAAGGUUGGUCCAUUGGGAUUGUCCGUGAAUCGAUCAAUACAAAAGGGCACCAAUAUUUAACUGUGAAUGAGGGAUAUUGGUUGCUGCAGCUGAAUAAUGGAGAAUACAUGGCCUCUAGCACCCCUUCUAACACCAUCAUACUGUGGAAAUCGCCACAACGGAUCAGAGUACACUUGGAGUUUCUUUUUGGCAUCCUUUCAUUUUACGAUGCUGAUUCCAUGGAGCAUAUUUUUACAUUCAAUUACCCUUUCUCUGAGAGGGUGCUUCCUUUUUUUGAGGUCUGGGACACAGAGAUUCCCCUGAAAAUCUGCUCCGUUGAUUCAUAAGGGCACGUGCACAAGGCAGACUUAUUUGGGAGGAAGGGGCCCAAGGAGGCGAUUCUAUUCUCACCAUUUUUCUUACCUAACCAGCAUCCAACUCUCCAUGACUACUGAACCUACUCAGCCCUCACUGGGCUAUUCCUGUUCCUUCUUUCUUUAGAGGGGUGGCAGUCAUCCACUGAGAUGUGCUUAAUUUUUCUUUUGUAAUUCUGCUAAGCUUGAUGCUCGGUACGUACUGACACCUUCCACUUAUUUCUCAGUGGCCCCAGUUUCUGUUGGGACUCAUCACCUGAGUAGAUUAUUAAAGAGAGUGAUGGGGAAAUGGGAACAGGAAGUACAGGUCAGUUCACCUUCUAGCCUUUCACUUCAGAAUAUCUGCAACUGAACUUGCACAUGCUGUGCAUUUGCUUCCAUUCUGAACAAACAUUGUGAGACACAAUGUUCAAUUGUGCUUAUUUAGGAUGUUCAAAGUGAUGCAAAAUAACUUGAGAUCAGUUUAUCUGAGUGGAAGGUCAGCCAUACUCUCUCUGCCAGUUGUCUUUCCUGAGAAUGUAAGAAGCAAGCAGGCCAAAGGCCUACCAAGGCCAACAUUUUGCUCCCGCAAUGCCCAGCCACUUGCCUCUGAGAAGCUCAUAAUAGAAUAAGAGUGCCGUAGCAGCUGCCCAGCCAGGUUUCCCAGCAAGUGGUAUUGAGAGACAUCUUGACAUUGAUGCUUUUGUCUAAUCUCCCUUUAAAGACAUCCAAGUCGUUAGCCAACUGCACAACCUAUGGGCGCAAAUCCCAAAAAUUCUCCCCUGCCUCCCCCAUCAGGAUCGUUCUGAUAAUGUUCCAUCUUAGGGUGGCAUGUGCCUUGCUUUACAGAGCGCUGUCUGGUCUAGGCCAGGUCCAUCCUCAACUGGCCUCUCCGAAGGACUACGUAGUCUAAGCACAGUUUAAAGAUAUGACUUAUCUUGAAUAUGAUCUAACCCAGCAUGUUGAUGAAUGUGGGAGCAGUUACCUCAAUGUUUCUUUGGUCCCUGUCUUUAGUAGAGAUGACCCUGGACCCCAAGACAUUUGUCCUCACUUUUUCCAUUUCUGAAGAUCAGAAAAAGUGUGCAUUUUGGCAAGCAAGCCCAGGCUUUCUGACAACACUCAGUAUUUCAAUUAUUUGCUGUAUGUCCUGGAUGCCAAAGGCACCAACGCGGUGACCAUAGAGUGGGUGGUGGAUCAGGAAAGCAGGUGGCGAGUCAAACAGCUGCAAGAGUCUUGUCAAUAUCAUCAGGGUUCAAAAGCUGAAACUGGUUCCAUGCCAGAGAGACAAGAGAUGCAAGGAAGUGGCAGCCACACAGACUCUACUGUUGAGUUUGGGCCUUCAACCUUCAGGUGUGGUAUUAGCACUGGGGAGCCUGGUUCAGAUCCCCACUUGGUCAUGAUCCGCACCCAGUGACUUGGUCCAGUGACCAUUUUUCAACCACUCCUACUUCACGGGGUUGUUGUGAGGAUCAAAUAGAGUAGAGAAGAGAGCCAUGGAUGAUGCCACCAACUGCUCAGAAGAAGGACUGGGUAACGUAAAAGCAAAUAUUAAUGUGUUGUUCUUUGAACAUUGCAUGUCCUAUAAGUAACAUACUGAAAAUGUACACAAUUUUCAAUCAAAGGCAACCUCAGUUAAUGUAUAUACCAGGCUAAGGAGCUCAGUUCUGCUUGUGGACAAGAAGGUAUGGUUAGGGCAGAAUGAGGAGAAACAGAAUGGUUUCCAAUAGGCAAGGAUUUAUUUUAUUUCUCUCUCUGUUCAAUCCGUACACAGAACUUAUCCUUCCCACUGUCUGGGACUAAAAGCAGCAUGCUCCCUGUCCAUUACCCAUGCCAGCUGGGGCUGGUGAAAGUUCACAUCCAAAAAAGAAAACCACACACAAAACUGAUGGGAUUCAGGUUGUGGAAGGCUGAGCUAGUUGUGGGUGGAAGAGGGAAUGGCUGGGAAAUGACCAAAUAGAAAAAGGGAUGGAGCUAGGUUUCGCCUCCAGGCCUGAGGUGGUAAACCUAAGGUUUCAUCAUAAUUCGUUAUGUGAAGAAAAUCAGAUUAUUAAGGACAAUCUAAAAUGUGCUUAUACUUGGGAAGGGUAAAAACAGUUGGCAGCGUGUCUCCUGCUGUGACUGUUUUGAUGAGCACAUCUUGGAACAGAAACUGGACCUUGUGGAUAAUGAAACAGAGGACAAAAGAAGGCUGUGAAUUGCAUAAAAUAAAAAUAUGCUGAUUGGUAAACAUAGGUGCAAAUUUAGUAAUAGUUAUUAGCAGUUACGGCUUGGAACCAGGAUAUGUGAAGGAAUGUCUCCUUCCUUAUAUGCCCUCAGCCCCAUUAAGAUCUGUGGGAGAGGCCCUGCUCCAGGAACCCUCCCUGAAAGAGGU